CGGUCAUACAACGAUAUACCGAUGUAUGUCCGAAUCCUCAAGACUCUGAUUUCGAAACCUGUCGAGCAAAGAGAGUUGAUGGCGGGAGGUGCAGAAACCCUCCAUGCAGACGAGAGGAGCGAUGGCACGUUCACAGUCUGCUGCCUGAAUUCCGCGAGAUGUCGGAAUUCCCUGAUACUGAGAGUUUCUACGAUAAGAUGGAAACAUUCAUCACCUACUCGCAUUGUAAGAGGUGGCAUCGGCAAAGAGCCCUCGAUGCAUUCGCCGAGUGGAAGAGAGACCGGAUAGCCAAUAAAUCCACCUCAAGACAACGUCCAACGCCGAUUACACGGCAAAGAGUUUCAUCGACCUUGAGUACACCAUCGGUACAAUCCAUCGGCACAUCCACUAUACAACCAAUAACUGCGGCCGCACUACAACUUGUACCCUCAGUGCCUACGCGAUUCGUACCUUCAUCAGCUAGUGCGACAUCAGAUGAUGGCAGCUCUUUUGUCGACAGCAUUGCAGAGUCUCGUUCUGUCAGCAGCAACACAACCUUCAUGAGCUCUCUCCCCAAUACUCCUCAGCGUAAUGGGGCAAUCUCCAGAUUUAACAUCGAGGAUGUUGCUGAGGAAGAAUCCGUUACCGAAGCUAUUCCCGAGGUUGACAUUGUCAUCGAAGACGCUGUUUAUGAAGAAGUUGCUGCUGUUGUCCAAGAAGUUGUUGUCAAAGAAGAGACUGUGAGAGACAAUAUCAUCUUUCCAGAUAUCAGGCAAGAGGAUGAUACCAAGAUAUCUAUUGGCCUAAACAUUACCAUUUCGGAGAGAGAAGAGAGUCAUGAAAGAGACCACAAUGUCAUUAAAGGGCUUGGGAUUACUGGUAUUCAACGCAGUGGAUCGAUACGAGACCACUCGCCGGUUUUCCAAGUGAUCAGCUGCCAUCCCACACCAGAGAAGAUGAAAGAAGGCGUUGUAUACAUCCUUGAACAUCAGGAAAACCCUUCACUCUUUAAGAUUGGGUGGUCGAGUAAGAGCGCUGAGGAGAGAUCGCAUCAACCCAACAACUGCUAUGGAAUCAACACAAAGAUUAUUUAUGAGACAAAAAGAUUCAUCGGUGCUCCUCAGGCUGAGCGGAUCGCGCAAGUCAUACUACGGCAUGCCAAUAUUCGUGUUUUAGAAUGCUUUAAUUGCCAAGGGGGGCAUAGAGAGUGGUUCAUUGCACCCAGAGAAACAGUACGUGAAACGGUAAUGCACGUCGAAGAGUUUCUCCAGAUGCCCGCAUACACUCUGCAAAAUGGAGAGUACAAGCUAUCACCAGAAGCAUAUGAUCGUGUUGUCAAGCAGAUGUGCAACUUCUCAGUGACACGAUUGGGUGAGCUUAUGCGCGGGCCUAAAGAAGGUCACGAGGAGACUGAGACCAUAGUCGACACGUCGAUUGACACCAUACUGACACCUUUGGCUCAAAUUACCGACGAACCAGAGGAAAUAUCUCGCCCCAAUACAAGCAAUGGGCUUUCAGAGAUACAAGAAGUCAACAAAAGCCUCGUUUCUAUUUCCUCGCAUGAAACCCAGUCUCAGAAAUUGUCCGCAGGGGUAAAAUUGGCAAGGAAAGUGAAGCGCCUCUUCUCAGUCGGUGAUUCGGUCAAGACAUAUCUUCUGCGACCUCGAGGGUCAAAGCUUCAGCCGGACGGCGAUUCUAAACGCCCAUUCGGUUCUCGCUUUGUGGACCUGAAAGACAAAGCGCGUGACGCAGGCACAAAAGUACGACAUGAUGCUCGCGAAUUUCGAAGAGAUUUUAGAGAGGAAUUGCACCGCAAGAGUGAGGAGCAGACAGUGUGACUUUCACUUUCAGGAUCUAGAUUGCAUGGAAAGGCAGAAGUGAAUCGUGCGUCAAACUUUUGGGAGGAUAUUUAAGCAUUAAUACCCUUUUAAGUUUGCAUAUAGAUAAUGGUAGUUCGC